AUGGCAUCGAGAUCUUUUACUGAGAAGGAUUUGAUUUGUCCGGUGUGCCGAGACAUUUUUAGAAAUCCCCUUCUUCUGUCCUGCAACCACAGCGCUUGUAGAAAUUGUAUUGAAACGUUUUGGGAAAAUCAAGCAUCUAAAGAAUGUCCAGUUUGCAGAAGGAGAUCUUCCAAGGAACAUCCUCCAGUACAUUUUGCUUUGAAGAAGCAGUGUGAGACUUUCUUAGACGACAGAAGAUAGAAAUCUUCAUCAGAAAUCUGCAGCACUCACAAAGGGAAGCUCAAACUCUUUUGUCUGGAUGAUCAAGAGCCUGUUUGUGUCAUGUGUCGAGAUUUGAGAAAACACACCAACCACAAGUUCUGUCCUGUAGAUGAAGCUCUGAUAGAAAAUAAGGAGAAACUCAAAGCUGCACUGAAGCCGUUGCAGGAGAAACUGAAAACAUUUGAGAAUGUUAAACAGAGUUUAAAUGAAACUGCUGAACAAAUUAAGAUUAAGGCUCAACAGACAGAGAGGCAGAUUAAAGCAGAGUUUGAGGAACUUCACCAGUUUCUAUGUAAUGAAGAAGCGGCCAGACUAACAGCAUUGAGAGAAGAGGAGGAGCAGAAGAGUCAGAUGACGAUGGAGAAGAUUGAGGAGACGAGCAAACAGAUUUCAUCUCUCGCACGUACAAUCAGCGACAUAGAGGAGCAGAUUCAAUAUAAAGAUGUUUCGUUCCUGCAGAACUUUAAGAGCAUGUUUCAAAGAGCUCAGGGUAACCUGCUAGGUCCAGACCGCAGUCCAGCAGUGAUGAUCAGUUUCUCAAACCAUCUGAGGAACCUGAAACUCAGUGUCUUACAGAAGAUGCAGGAAAAUGUUGGUAAAACCAAGCAUUUCAACACUGAUCAUUCUGAUUUCCACACCGCAAUGGAGAUUUUUAAUAAUCCAGUGAAACACACUGAAUAUAAGCAUUUUCCAAGUGGUCGAGGGAACAGUAUAAAAUUGUUUAGGGGCAAUACAUCUGAGAAAGACCCACAGCCGGUUCCAUGUGAGGUUCAGCAUGAAACCAGUAAAACUCCAGACCCGGUCCACACCGCGCAGUUCCCGGAACCAGAUUCUCAGUAUGAGAUGAGAGAGACCAUGCCAUGCAACGAAACCAAUCACCCCACAACCUCCAAUACGGGACACACAAAAAAGAGACAUGGGAAUGUAAAGGAUCAAAAUCCUGACAUCCAGUUCCCAGUUGUCAGGGAUUUAGUGAAGAAAAUAAAUGAGCAAAUGAAAAUGUGAAGACAAAUAACAUCACAGAAUCAAUGUUACAAUGAGAUAUUAAUGUUGAAAAACAAAUGUAAUGUAAUGUUAAAUCAGUGCUGUAUCUAAUGUAAUAGUUUCUGUUAAAACAUUGUUAAAGAAUGAGAGAUGUUUGUU